CCCCACUGUACAAAUUGUUCCAGCAUCCUUCUGGUCCCUGCUCUACCACAGCCAGGCACAGAUUUUGCAGCAAGAGGGCUCUAGUGAUGCUGAGGGAGGGGAGGCUGGUCUCUGUUAACUGUCUGGCUUGAGCUUCCUGGGUCAGAGGCUGUGGUGGCUGCAUCUGAGCCCGGGCUGAGCCGCAGCUGCUCCCCAGCGGGGUGUGUGCGGGGAGAGACCUGCAUUAACCCCCCUCUGUGCCCAGCCGGGGGACUUUCUGCGGUGGCUGGAACCAGCCCCUAGGGCAGCCCUGGGCUCUGCCGACACCAGCCCCUGAGCCGGAGCCUGCAGGUGAGGGGAGAGACCCGGGGAAAGGGCUGGGGCCGGGCAGGAAAGUGACUCUGCACCAACGGCCCCUCCUCGCCCCAGCUCCGCUCCCAGUGGUCUGCGAGUCCCAGAGCUGCUGCCUCCCAGUCCGUGCACUAGCUAAGAGUGCAGCUGUGGUCUGGGUGAACCGAAAUGUAACAUGCAGAGAGCAGUGAGUCUCCAUGGGGUUAGGGGAGGGUGUGAGCAAGGAAUGAGAACUGUAACCAUCAGUGUCCAGCAUAACCUAUGGGAGACUGGAGCAGCAGUGCUGGCUUGAUGCGCUGCCUGGGACUGACUCCUGGCACAGCCAGCACUUCUUGGAGCAUAGCUAAGGGCCUGCAAUCAACACAUCCAGGGUUGGCAGGAUGGCUCUCUGCUUCAGGCACUGGACUGGGACACCUGGGUUCCGUCCCUGGCUCUGCCACUGACUCUCCGUGUGACCUUGGGGAAGUUGCUUAGUCUUGCUCCAUGCCUCAGUUUCCCCCUCCGUAGAAUGGGGAUGUUAGUACUUCAUCUCAUCGCUUGGAUUUAAAUAGUAAACUCUUUAGAGCCCAGGCUGUCUUGCCCUAUGUGUCUGCACUGUGCAGCCAUGGGGUGCAGAUCUCCCUGGGGGUUUCUAGCUGCUACCGCAAUGUGCUCGAUAACUGUGCCCCUCUCUUCCCCAGAGCGUCCUGCAUCUUUGGACAUGGCUCUGGUUUCUACAGCUGUGUCUACACAGCCCAUAGCCCUGAGCCUUCCAGACUGGCUCGACAGAUUCGGGCUAGCAGGCCUCACAAAAAUAGCUGUAUAGCCAGUGCUUUGAAGUUGUCUAGGAUUGGGGGUGAAGGUGGGCUUCAGAGCCUGAGCUCCAGCCCAAGCCACAACUCCAACGCACUGUCUACACGGCCAUUUCUAGAGCUGGGCUCACACUUGCCCAAGUCUCUCAACCCAGGCUGGGAGACUUCCUGGCACAGGUGGUGUAGACAUACUCUACAGCCACAGAAUGUGGAUUUACACCAGAAAUGUGUCUGACCCACCAAACCCCGUUGUGUGGCCAUCUCUCCUUAAAUAGCACUUCCCUACUUUGCAGGGGUGUUGUAAAGAUUGUGCGGGGCUCACAUAUUACAAUAAUGGGGCUAUCUGAGUUGUCUAACAGACUGAUAUAGCGGAGAUCUUCUACAAAACACCCUCCCCCCCUCGGCAAAUGUUUUCUUUUCCAUGAACACGUCCCGCUGUGUUCCGAUUUCAUGCCCACAAUGGGGCCAGAAGUCAAAACAUGGGUUUUUAAAUAAAAUAUCCUGCAAAUCUACGACAAACCCUGAUCUCUCCUGUUUUAGUUCCAAUAACUAGGGUUUUCUGAUGGCUAAACCCGACGUGAUCUCCCAGCUGGGACGAGGGAGAGAGGUCCCAGCUCUCCAGAGAGCCAAGGAAAAGCAGAUCCCGAGAGAUGCCCGCGCAGCAAGUGAUGGGACGGUGGAUGAGAACCAGGAGGAGAAUUCUCAGCAGGAAGGUCCUGAGCAAGUGGAACCACAUGGGACAUCAUCAAGAUCUGAUGGGGACGUUUCCCAGAGUCCCGAGCAUGGAGAUGCCUGUGACAUCCAGCGCAAGCCAGAGAAGCGUAGAGGAAGUCCGAAGGGACUUGGAGACGCAACAAAGACCCCUCCAGCACUGAACGCCUGCUGCCCCGACUGCAGGAAAAGCUUCCACCGGAGCUCAAACAUUGUCCAACAUCAGAGGACCCACAUGGGUGAGUGACCUUACUGCUGUGCCGAGUGCGGAA